AUGUCCACGAACCCUCCCCAAUUGUUUCUGCUGGCAGACCAUAUCAAGCUCUCUCUGCUGGAGCGCCAACGUGCCAUAUCACUUAACCUCUCACCCAACACCCAGGAUGGCCAGAUCUCACGGUCCCUGGAGCAGCUGCGCUCAGGCAUCGAGAGUCUAGAGUCACAGGUCGCAGACACAUCGGAUGAAUCCAUAGCAUCACAACUCCCCCGCCUAAAGUCCCAGCUCAACGACCUUACCUCCCAGUUCGACCGUGCCUCACCAAAUGCCAGCUCGCCCACCCUCACAACUCCCAACAACCCGUCCCUAUCCUCCGAUUUCGCCGCCGCCCAAAAGAAGCCCCGCCAGGCCUCCAAGUCUGUACGCUUCAGCGACAACCCCUCUACGUCCACAGCAGACGCCGCCGACGAGGCCGACCGCGCAGCCCUCUUCCCCUACCGCGACGACCCCUCUUCUGACCCCGACGCUGCGCCAAAUCAAGAUGAUCUCGACAACCAGCAGAUUCACGCCUACCACAGCCAAGUGAUUCGCGACCAAGAUGACCAGCUCGACCAAUUAGGUGCGAGCAUCGGGCGGCAGCGGGAGCUCAGUAUGCAGAUAGGAGAUGAGCUAGACGGACAGGUGGUGCUGCUUGAUGAUGUAGAGGAGGGUGUUGAUCGACAUACGGCCCAGUUUCGGCGGGCAAGGGGUCGGCUAGAUCGUUUUUCAAGGAAGGCGAGGGAGAACUGGAGCUUGACUGUUAUUGUCGUCUUGAUUUGCGUUUUGCUCUUCCUCAUCAUCAUCACCAAGUAA